AUGGCCGAGGUGGAUCAGCUGUUGUCCAAGAAAGUAGCCGAUCGUUACCUGAAACGCGAGGUCCUCGGUGAAGGCACAUAUGGCGUCGUUUACAAAGCUAUCGAUACUAAGACAGGGCAAACAGUUGCCAUCAAGAAGAUUCGGCUUGGGAAGCAGAAGGAAGGGGUGAACUUCACAGCUUUGAGAGAAAUUAAAUUGCUUAAGGAGCUUCACGGCCCAAAUAUAAUUGAGCUGAUUGAUGCAUUCCCUCAUAAGGGGAACUUGCACCUUGUGUUUGAGUUCAUGGAGACAGAUCUGGAAGCUGUUAUUCGUGAUAGAAAUAUAUUUCUCUCUCCGGCUGAUAUCAAGUCGUACAUUCAAAUGACCCUGAAGGGUCUUGCAUUUUGCCAUAAGAAAUGGGUCCUGCAUAGGGAUAUGAAACCAAACAACUUGCUGAUUGGACCUGGAGGGCAACUUAAACUAGCUGAUUUUGGAUUAGCCCGUAUAUUUGGGAGCCCGGACCGAAGAUUCACUCACCAGGUUUUUGCUAGAUGGUACAGAGCACCGGAGCUGCUGUUUGGUGCAAAACAGUAUGGUCCUGGUGUGGAUGUGUGGGCUGCAGCAUGUAUAUUUGCUGAACUACUACUUCGUCGGCCUUUUCUGCAGGGAAAUACUGAUAUGGAUCAACUAGGAAAGAUCUUUGGUGUUUUUGGGACCCCGAAGAGAUCACAGUGGCCAGAUAUGGUGUAUCUUCCCGAUUAUUUGGAGUAUCAAUAUGCGCCUGCUCAACCAUUGCGCACAUUAUUCCCCACGGCAAGUGAUGAUGCUUUGGACCUCUUAGGGAAGAUGUUUAUGUAUGAUCCAAAAGCAAGAAUUUCAGCACAGCAGGCUUUGGAGCACCGUUACUUUACUUCCACGCCUCUACCAACUGAACCUGCUAUGCUUCCGAGACCUCCUCCAAAGAAGGAUGCCAUCAAUCCAAAGGUCCCAGACCUUAAUCCUCCCGAGGGCCCCACAGUGUUGUCUCCUCCAAGAAAGCAAAGAAGGAUAAUGCCUAUUCGUGAGGCAUUUGAUGUGAAUGCUCGGCAAAUGGCAAAUACUGAAGACCUUGGGAAUGGGAUAAGACAGACAGCCGAGGAGAGGGGUGGACAAGCUCCAAUGUCUCUGGAGUUCUCCGCUUUAGGAGAGGGGUAUCCAAAUAGACCAACAAUUUCUAGUGCUGACAGAUCACAUUUAAAGAGGAAACUUGAUCUUGAAUUUCAACUGCCUGAAGAAGAUGAGUAA